AUGGCUGGUGAUUUAGAGUGGAAUGUGGCGGAUUCAGUUCGAAUGGGAAUGGUGGGGGAUUUCACGUGUGAUGCUCAAUUGGGCCGGGUGGGGCGGGUAUUCAAAUUGGGCCGGCCGGACAGUUCUUCCGGCGAAGCGCCUCCAGCUCAGCCUAUGCUGGUGUUAGAGGAACUGGAUAAAGAUGUUUUGUGCCAGAGAUGUAUGCAGAUCAUUAAGGACGCCAUUUUGACGGCAUGUGGGCAUAGUUUCUGCUAUAUAUGCAUCGUUACUCAUCUUCAUAACAAGAGCGAUUGUCCUUGUUGUUCUCACCAUCUCACCACCAAUCAUCUUUACCCUAACUUCCUCCUCGACAAGUUAUUGAUGAAGAUCUCUGCUCGUCAAAUUGCUAAAAUUGCCAACCCUUUGGAAAAACUUCGUCACACUAUAGAACAGGGAUAUGAUGUGUCAGUUAAAGAGCUCGAGACCCUCUUGUCUCUUCUUUCAGAAAAGAAAAGUAAAAUGGAGCAGGAAGAAGCUGUGACAAAUUUACAGACUCUGCCCGACUUUCUGCUGUGUCUAAAAAAGAGAAGGCUUGACGAGCUCAUUGAGGCUGCAUUUACUAGCAAGCAAAGGUUUUCUCUUGCUGUGUCAUAUACCUUGGCAUCAACAAACUUCCAAGGUACUUCAGAAAACAGUAAAACUGAUGCAAAAACUACUGCUAGUCAUUUAAUCCCGAGAAAGGAUGCUUCUGGUGGAUCAGAUUCUCAAAACAUUACUCAAUCAAGCCUGACAAUGGCUUCAGCAUUACUGCCAUUACACCAUCUCGUUAAUGAGCAGCAACAAAGGGAUUCGCCUGGAUUGAAUAGGGAAAGUUGCAGUGCAGGGGAUGUUGAGUUUUCUGAAUGUUGCGUAGACUUUUCUCAAGUUCUACUAUUCAAAAGAGAGCAGAAGUUUGAACCAGAUCUUUCAGCACAGCUUAGACCUCUCUGUCUUGUGGAAGGUUUACCCAUAUUGUGCCUCAAAAUUUCUUUUAACUGCUGCAGUAUAGAAUUUGACAGAGAUGAUGAAUUAUUUGCUACUGCUGGAGUAUCAAGGCGUAUCAAGGUUUUUGAAUUUUCAUCGGUCAAAGUUUGGUGUACAGAACAAGAAGCAAGUGUUCUCAAUAUUGACGUGAAAGCUAAUAUAUGUUCGGUCCAAUAUAAUCCUGGAUCUAGUAUCCACGUGGCAGUUGGUUCUGCAGAUCAUAACAUUCAUUAUUUUGACUUGAGAAAUCUUAGCAAGCCGUUGCAUAUCUUCAAUGUGCAUAGAAAAGCUGUUUCUUAUGUAAAUUUUUUAUCCAAUAACGAGCUUGCUUCUGCAUCUACCGACAGUACAUUGCGCCUCUGGGAUGUCAAGGAAAAUGUGCAGCUACGCACAUUUAGAGGACAUGCGAAUGAGAAGAAUUUUGUCGGUCUAACAGUAAAUAGUGAAUACAUAGCCUGUGGCAGCAAAACAAAUGAAGUGUUUGUCUAUCACAAGGCUAUUUCAAAACCAGCAACUUGUCAUAGAUUUAGUUCUGAUACCGAUGAGGCUGAUGAAGACGCUGGCUCAUUCUUCAUUAGUGCUCUCUGUUGGAAAAGUGAGAGCCUGACUAUGUUAACAGCUAACAGUCAAGGGACAAUUAAAGUCCUUGCACUUGCUCCUUAUCAAUAA